UGUUGUGGGCCGAUAAAUUUCAGUCAAUUUUGAUCAAAUUCUGAUUUAAAAUUUUAAACUUUUAAAAAAAAUCAAAACUGUAUCAUCUUGAAAAGAUUAAUUAGUCAUUAAUAGCCAUGACGCAUCUAAAUUCUGGUCGUUUGAAUUUGUCAACUUUACGAGAUUUUCAACGAACCGAUCUAUUUGCUCUUUUGGAUUCGAUCGAUGGAACUAAAGCUAUCGUAUGGGAUCAACAAUUAAUUGCUCCUUUUGAAUUGAUUAGUAAUAUAACAUCAUUCAUGGAACAUAAAGUUGUACAAAAUUUAAAAUUUCGAUCCGUACAAGGAUCGAUGAUCGAAGCUCAAAAUAUUGUUUAUUUUAUUCGACCAACAUUAAGUUACAUGGACGCAAUAGCUGAUGAUAUUCGAGCUUGGGAAUCAACUCGUAACUGUAAUUUUCAUAUAAUUUUUAUACCAAGAAAAUGUAUUUUAUGUGAAAAAAGAUUGGAAACAUUGGGCGUAUUUGGUUCGUUUACUUCGAUUGAAGAAUAUUCUCCCGAUUUUUUUGUUUUAGAUUCGGAUAUUAUUUCUAUUGAAUGGCCUUUAUGUUUUCGUGAAUGUAAUCUUGAAAUGGAUUAUUCUUCAUUAUAUCAACUAGCAAAAUCUUUAAUGACAUUACAAUGUGCCUUCGGAAUUAUACCAACAGUUUAUGGUAUUGGUCGUUUAUCAAAAAUUCUAUUUGAUUUUAUGAACAAAAUGAAAAGUGAAUUAAUCAGUAUUGAAAACAAUGUUGUCUCCGUAAUUGAUCAAUUAAUAUUGAUCGAUAGAUCGGUUGAUUUACUUUCACCGACCAUUACCCAACUUACCUAUGAAGGUCUAUUGGAUGAAAUAUACGGUAUCAAUCAGACAGCCAUUCGUUUGCCUCCAGAAAAAUUCAUGACCAAUAAUGAUGAUCAAACGCCAACCUCAGUGCCGAAAAAAUCACAAAUAGGAAAAUUCUAUUUGAAUUCCGGUGAUGAACUUUUUAAAAAACUUCGUGAUCUUUAUUAUCUUCGAAUUGGACCAGUUUUACGCAUAUCAGCUAAAAAUCUAUCCGCCCAAUUUGAUGAACGAAGGACAGCCAAAACUGUUAGAGAGAUAAAACAAUUCGUAGAGAAAAUACCAUACCUUCAACGACUUCAUAUAAUAAUUGUUUUACGUUUAAUUUUACUACAAACUAUUUGUGCUAAUGGUCUUAAACAAAAAACUCUUGAUUAUUAUAAACGUGAAAUUGUACAAACAUAUGGCUAUCAACAUUUGUUAACAUUAAAUGCUUUGGAAAAAUGUGGCUUACUUCGAAUUUCGAAUGGUUAUGGAAUGUUAUAUUCAGGAUUACGGGCAAAAUUUCGAUUAACAAACGAAUCUACUAAAUCGAAUAAUGUUAAUACUGCUAAUGGUGAUAAUCAGCUACUAUUGUAUCAGGGACAAGUUCAUGAUGUUUAUUUUCCAUUCACUGCUCGUAUUAUACAACAUAUCGAUCAAUUUGGUUACCGAUCAUUUAAUGAUGCUUUCACUCGAAAUAGUAAACCAGAACCAAAUGUGCCAAAUCCAUAUGUAAUAUUUGAAGAAAAUCAAUCGACAGGUAAUUUACGUCGCCGACGUAACUCUGAUACACUAUCAAUGCAAUCAACAUCGGAAACAAAUGAUAAAUUAGUGAUGGUAUUAUUUAUUGGUGGUUGUACAUUUUCGGAAAUAUCUGCACUUCGUUUAUAUCUAAGUGAAUUUGCCUAUUCAGCUGGACAGAAACAAUUUGCCGGAACUUAUGCAGAUAAUUUAAUGGAUAAUCCAUUACAGGCAUAUCAAUUAGUUAAACGUUUAACAAUUAAUUGGAAUAAAAUUGUUAAAACAGUAAAAAAAGAUGAUGAAUGGCAAGAAGUAGAUCGAUUAAUGACUAGCUAUAGUAUGUUAUUGCCGAAACAAGAAGAUUUAAAUGGUGCUGCAUUGGCAUUGAUUCGUUUACAAGAUACUUAUAAUCUAAGUUUAACCGAUUUAGCUGAUGGUUAUAUUAUGGGUAAAGAUUCUUCCAUACGAUUAUCAGCACGCGAUUGUCUUUAUUUGGGUAAAAAUGCAUUCAAUCAUGGCUAUUAUGGCCAUUCAUUAGAAUGGUUCGAUGAAGCAUUAGUGCGUGCAUAUCACGAAGGUAAUCGUACAGCAUCGGUAGAUGAAAUUAUUCCAUUUUAUCAAUUGGCUAUCGAAUACAUCGAGCGAUUAGACGAUGAAUUGCGAGAACAAAAUUAUCCACGACAUUCGGAUAAACUUCGUGUAGUCGAAGGUGAUAAUUUAGAUUAUAAACAUUAUCAGAUGCUUUGUCGUGGUGAAGAGUUUCCAAUGAAUCGGCGAGCAUCAGUACAACGAUGUUAUUAUUCAACCAACAAUGGACAUCCAUAUCUAAUAUUAAGACCAUUAAAAGUGGAACAAUUCAAUAGUGAACCAUUUAUAGCAAUGUAUUAUGAUGUUAUCAGUGAUAAAGAGAUUGCAAUGAUCAAAGAAUUAUCAAUGCCAAUGUUAACUCGAGCACGAGUAUUGACCGAUGAAAAAGAUAAUGAAAUAUCGACCGUACGUGUAUCACAAACUGCUUGGUUUACCGAAGCUACCGAACCAUUAAUUGGUCGAUUAAAUCGUCGUAUUGAAGCUAUAACCGGACUUUCAGUGAAUAUGAACAAAAGUGAUUGUGAACUAGUACAGAUUGCUAAUUAUGGUAUUGGCGGUCAUUAUGUUCCACAUUAUGAUUAUCUUAUUAAGGAUAAGCCUGAAAGCCAACGUACAAACAUUUCGGAAAAAGAUCAAUAUGCCGGCGAUCGUAUGGCAACAUUUAUGUUCUAUCUUUCUGAUGUUGAAGUUGGUGGUUCGACAGUUUUCACCCGGCUUGGUAUUCGUGUGAAUCCGGUUAAGGGAGCUGCCAUUUUUUGGUAUAAUCUAUUACGUAAUGGUGAAGGAAUUAUCGAUACAAUACAUGGUGCAUGUCCAGUUUUGAUUGGAGAAAAAUGGGUUGCCAAUUUUUGGAUUCGUGAACAUGGACAAAUAUUUCAUCGUCCUUGUAGCCUGGAUCCAACCAAAUAAUCCUAUAGAAAAAAAACUGAAUAAAAAAAGAUUAACAUUUGUUUCAAAUUAUUGUUCACUAUAUAUCAUCAUCAUCAUCAUCAUCAUCAAAAUGUUUGUUGUCUUAAUUAUUGUUAAGUUUCUCAUCGAAUUUUGUUUUGUAUAUCUUAUAUCACACAUUAUUUUUUUUUAUAUUUUGAUUUUUGUUUUAAAAAUAACUUUAAAAAAAAUUCAUUGCCGGCCAUAAUUAUCCCAUACGAACAAUGAAAACAGUUUUUUUCUCUCAUACCACAUUUCCUGUCUGGCAAUGUAAAAAAGUGGAGAGAGAAAAAAAAGACAAUUCUUUAAAUCUUAUUCAAACAUCAAUGAAAAAUAGUGGCAAGAAU